AUGAUGCACUCUCCUGGUACAGAGCUCCAAAGUGCCCGUGAUUCGCAAACCAGGCUGCAGCAGCACUUGAAUGCUGAGGCAGUCAUAUGCGAGCGUGAAGCCGCAGCCCUCCGAGACAGAAUGGAGGAGCUGGAGGAGGAAAUGCAGCUCGCCGCAGACAGCAAGGAGCGCUGCAAAGUGGCUCUCGGCGCAGCGGAGUGUGAGUGGUCACUUCUGCAUGACGAGGCGGAGGAGGCCGAGCAGGCUGCCAGCGCCAGGAAUGCAGAGGUCGAGAGGGUCACCAGGCAGGCCAGAGAGAUCCAAGCCCAAGUUCACGGUGUCAAGGAGGACAUCCUGCAAUGCCGGCAGGACCACUUGGCCCUGGAACUCAAACAGGAGAGAGACCUUCUGCAUGAUGAGGUGCAGCAGGAAGCUUUGCGCCAAGAAGAUCUUUUCUUGGAGCUGGACGAAGCAAGGCGGUCCCGCAGUAUAUUUCAGUGCUUGUUUCCUCGAAACAAGUCUCAGCCACCUCUGCCAGAGUCUUACAACUGGUGCCUGGGACAAGCUCAGCUUACUUCAGUGGUGGCUAUGAUUGAGGCCGCCACCGAACUACGCCCCGCCAACGAGGUAGACGGCAGCCCCACAAGAGUGUCAUGUUGGGAUCCUGCUGCGUGCGCUGAAGGACUAAGCCCCCGCCCCAAAGAGCGUCUCCAAUGCUGCUUGCCGAGAGCGGAGAAUGACAUAUGGCUUGCUGAGUUUCUGGGUCGUUCAUCCUCUGGAAGCACCUUGUCCGAGGCUGCAAGGCCAGCCGUCAAACAGUGGCUCCUUCCUCAGUAG